CCUCUUUCUCCCACAGACAGACAAGACGGACUCUCGCGCCCACACACACGCACCCACGCGCACCCACCACGCACACACACACGCACACACACACACACACACACCAAACCUCUCUCAACCCACCGGUCCUAUCGCGCGCUUGCUCCUGUUCUGCACAGACGCAGCCUCACCUCACCUUCCGCACCCCUCGCCCGUCCGCUACCUCGAGCCGCGCCCCGUCGCGACCUGCCUCGCCUCGCCCCCUCAGCCGCCCAACGAGUUCGCAGGCCUUACUCGCUCCGUGGCCAAGCGUGGCAUGCUCUCGGCACUCAUCAAUUCUUCGUCCGCCGCCGACGGCUCGCGACAACGGCUGACUCGUGGACCUGCCAUGUCCUGAGGUGGCCUUUAUCGCCGUGUCCCUCCCCCUGAACCGCGCGACAACCAUAUUCCCUCCUGGCAUCCCCAACUCGACCUGCAUCGUUGAGCUCCAUCGCCGGGUAGUCGCUCGCUGCGCCUUUCGCCGCCUGCUGCGUCGAGCGCUUCCCGUGCCUGCCACUGCAACCCUCCCCCAAGCCUGAGCCGCCCGCCGCGUCUCUCCCCUCCCUUCGCCAUGGACGGCAUCGUGGGCACCCCGGCGCCCGGCCACAUGUACGUCCGCGCCCUUUACGAUUACGAGGCCGACGACAGGACCAGCUUGAGUUUCCACGAGGGCGACGUCAUCCAAGUCAUCACCCAGCUUGAGAGCGGCUGGUGGGACGGCGUCAUCAACGGUGUCCGUGGCUGGUUCCCCAGCAACUACUGCCAGAUCAUCGCCGGCGCCGACGACCUCCCCGAACCAGACCACAACGGUCACAUCGAUCACCUCGACGACGACGACGACGCCGAGGAGCAUGACGUGUACGAUGACAGCUUCGAGCACGACGACGGGUCCGAAGUCGACGGCUCCAAUGGCCUGCCCCUCGAAGGCAUCGACAUGGCCGACAAGUCGAGGGCCGAUUUCUGGAUCCCCCAGGCCACCCCGGACGGCCGUCUCUUCUACUACAACAUGAUGACGGGUGACCGCAGCAUGGAGCUUCCGCUCGAGUCCCCAACCUCCGCCACAGAAAGCGGCCCUCGAGAUCGCAUGAAUGUCACCAUACCCGACAAGACGCGCCCUCCGCCCGAGAUGAUGGCAAGAGGCCUGAUGCAAGACGAAGAUGACGAUUCCGCAACGUCUGCUUCAGAGGCCGAAGCAGAAUCCAUGCUUCUUGCUUCGAGGGGUUAUAUGGCCCGCAAUCGCGCGUCAUUCACUGGCGCCCUCUCCCCUUCGACGUCUAUGGAUUCCAUAAACGGCGCAUCGCCGGCUCGACGCAAGCGCACCGACGGCUUACCCAACGGCAAGGCAGGGAGCAAAGAGCCUCCCAACAUGGCCUCGGCCACCUCCUUCACCAGCACUACGUACAACCUCCCCACCACCGCUACCGUUCCGCGGUCCUUCUUCGACGAUGGCUCUACUCCUCCCCUCACCUGGGGCCUGCUCGUGUCCAACAUGAAGCGCGCCAUCGAUCGCUACCGGGAAGCAAUCACAAACAACAGCCGCUCCGAGUACGUUGCUAGAGCCGAAGACAUAUCCGACCAUCUCCGCCUCCUGCUUGCCGCCGGUUCGGGAACCACGGACAACCACUCUGGCCAGCCGUCCAUCAUCUCGACGAACAAGGCAUUGUAUCCUCACUUCCGCGACAUGAUGUCAAAAUUCUCUAAACUCGUCAUUUCCUCGCACAUUGCCGCCGCCGACUGGCCCAACGCGGAAUCCGUACAAAAAUGCUUGCAAGAGGCCGACGGCGUCCUUCUUGGCGUCUUUAGCUACGUGGACGUCGCGAGACAGCAGCGGGGCGAGGAGAUCCCGAGGCUGUUCCCGGGUUUCGUAAUCGGGAGCAAUGCCGGUGGGAGCUGGCAAAACAACGGAUUGGGACCGCGAGACCCUAUCGCUUCCAACUUCUUGGACGACGACGAAGGGGCCGUGGAACCUACUGCCAUCCUCGAUGGCAAGCUUCUCGAGAGACUUGACGAGCAGAAACGAAUUCUCGUGUCGAGCAUUAGGGAACUCGACAAGAGUCUCGUUGCGCCGGAGAGCAUCAUCACGCCGUAUCGUCACGAGGUUAUUGGAAACAAUGUCUGCUCUGCUGGUGGCAAAGUGGUAGACAGGUUCAGGCCGUGGAUCGCCAUGAUUGAGUCCAUCGACCUCUCGUCCCUAGGUGACAGCUUUCAGACGCCCCAGCUCGCCGACUUCAGCACCAACAAACAGAGCCUGUACGAUAACAUUUCCGACCUGUUGCUUGGCUGUCAGGCCGUCGCGGGGCCCCUGGCAGACGAGUGGAGCGAAGUUCGAGGAGAGGCGCUCGAGAACCGGCUGGAAUACGUGCGCCAAUGCGCGAGGGCUCUCGAGACCAACUCGUCGCAUAUUGGCUUCUCGCUGCAGCUGCUCUCCGAACAGGUGCAGAUCAACAUUCAACAGCAGCAGCCACAAGCUGGACCCCGGUUCAGAGGAGAUCAAGGGCCACGGCAGCUGCAGCGGGUGGAGACGAUGCCUUACGAUCGGCCCCAUCAGCGCUCGGACUCGAGAACUGCCGGCAUGCGGCCACCAUUGAUCACAACCCAAUCGUUCAGUGAGGGCGAACCACCACCAGGCAAUUUUCGGAAAGGUGACUAUUCCAAGGUGAAGAAGAUAUUCGGCGAAGACCCUUCACCGCAGACGACUGUCAGCGGUGAUACUCCCGUGUAUAUGCGCCUCGACUACGAGGACGACGUGUCAUGGGACAACAAGACCACACCUCCCACGGUCAAGGGCGGGUCUCUCCCAGCUCUUGUCGAGCAACUCACGCGGCACGACAAGCUAGACCCGAACCUCAACAACACCUUCCUCCUCACGUACAGGUCUUUUACCUCUGCACGCGAGCUCUUCGAGCUGCUUGUCAAGCGCUUCGGUAUACAGCCGCCGGAAGGCAUCAGCCAGCAAGACUACGAGGCAUGGAGAGAUCGCAAGCAGAAGCCGAUUCGGUUCCGAGUGGUCAACAUCUUGAAGAGCUGGCUUGAUAAUUUCUGGAUGGAGGAGCACAACGAAGAAUCGAAGCAGCUGAUCCGCGACGUGUACACCUUUGCUAGGGACACGGUGAAGUCGACUGAGACGCCAGGCUCCGGCCCUCUGAUGGCCGUGCUCGAUCAGAGGCUGAGCGGAAAGGAGGCGGGCGCGCGUCGGAUGGUCCAGACGGUGAAUCAGAGCGCGCCCACGCCGAUUGUACCAAAGAACAUGAAGAAGCUCAAGUUUCUCGAUAUCGACGUGACCGAGUUUGCACGACAGCUCACAAUCAUCGAAUCUCGGCUAUACGGCAAGAUCAAGGCGGCAGAGUGUCUCAAUAAGACGUGGCAAAAGAAGGUCGGAGAGGGCGAGCCGGACGCCGCCCCCAAUGUCAAGGCGUUGAUCUUGCAUUCGAAUCAGAUGACCAACUGGGUCGCGGAGAUGAUUCUCGCCCAGCAGGACGUCAAGAAGCGCGUGGUGGUCAUCAAGCACUUUGUUUCGGUCGCCGAUAAAUGCCGAGGGCUCAACAACUUCUCGACGUUGACAUCAAUCAUCUCAGCUCUUGGCACGGCACCGAUAGCUCGACUGAAGCGGACCUGGGACCAGGUCCCGCAGCGGACGCAAGGCGUGUUGGAGACGAUGCGCCGGCUGAUGGCCAGCACCAAGAACUUUGGCGAGUAUCGCGAGGCGCUGCACGCCGCAAAUCCGCCAUGCAUUCCAUUUUUCGGCGUGUAUUUGACCGACCUUACUUUCAUUGAAGAUGGAAUACCCUCGAUCAUCAAGAAGACUAACAUGAUCAACUUUGCGAAGCGGGCAAAGACUGCAGAAGUCAUUCGUGACAUCCAACAAUACCAGAACGUGGUGUACUCGCUGCAGCCGGUUCCCGAGCUACAGGAUUACAUUCUGAGCAACAUGCAAGCUGCGGGGGAUGUGCACGAGAUGUACGACAAGAGUUUGAUGAUUGAGCCGCGAGAGCGUGAGGACGAGAAGAUUGUGAGGGUGCUGGCCGAAUCGGGCUUCCUCUAAGCCGUCUUACAACUAGCCACUCCGACCGUCGUUCUUGGAGCCCAUGUGUCGCCAGCCACGAAACCCGAUAAGCUGGUUUAGCGAGGCCAACCAGUGCAUCGAAGUCGACGGGUGGCUUGCAGCUGCCACAUGCGCAACCCACAUUCUCACAGCAUCAGACGAAUCAGGGGCGGCCUAAUGUCGAGGCGACGGACUAUGGCUGCGGCUGUCUCGAGGCCGCCCCGUCUGGUGGUGAAGAGACGAAGGCUCGUCGCGAAGCGGAAGCCCUAUGCGCGCGGUGUGGUGUGAGGCAUCGGGAGGUGGGGGGCGCAAUGUUAAACAACCUUCCGAGCCUGGACAUUGGCGUCUCGGUGGCGUCAGACGUGGGAUUGGACAAUCGCCUCCCCAUCCCUGUCGACCCCCAACGCGAGCCACGGAUCACCGCCCACCCCUACAGAUUCAUACAACAUGUUGGCCUGCGAAAGACGACACCGGACGGUUCUGUUGGUCGAUGCAUUGGCUAGCACAGUGGCGAGCCUGCGCGGGGAAGCCAGGCAUGGCAGUUGCCUCGGACAUUGGAGGAUAGAAGUCGGUGGAGUUCAUGUUUCUGCUACCUCACUGUGUGAGGGAGCGCAAUGGAUAUUCUUUGGAUCUGCGGAGGCAAUUUGGGCACAGCUGUGAUGAUGGAUGGGUUACGACAACUGAAACGGCAUGACGAUGGGGAAGGCCACCUCCGCACACCUUGACGGACAGGGUAGAUUCCGGAUUGUGCCGAGCCUUUUUUUUUAGCCUGACGGCGCGCCCUGGCGGACAGCAAGGGCGAUGCGCAUCGCCGAUUGUUUGUUUUCUCUUCACUCUUGGCUGGGCAUCUGAGUGACUGGCCGACGCCAGCUGGUUGAUGCAGUCAGCUCCUGUUUGUACAUAAACGUGGGCGCUUCCCUUGCAAAUAGCCUGCAAACCUGGUACAUGACACCGG